GAAUGCGACCAGACGAAAAGACGAGGGAAAGUAGAAGGAAGAGAGAAGGGAAAAGGAACAGGAGAUAGAGAGGGAAAUGCGGGGGAAGGGACAAACGGACUGGAAGUCACUGGUUCUAGUAAGAGAGAUGCCGUGUGCCCGGGGGUAUCAACGACUGUCGCUCAUUCUUCGUCGUUCUUGAAGCCAACCAAAGGACCAACUUGCAAUGCAGAGAGAAAGGAGAGAAAGAGGAACAAGGAAGGAAAGAAAGAAAGCAGGAGGCAGCGAGAUUCCUCUUGGGCAAAGCUGGUGGCUCGACAGAUUAGCCGCCGAGGGGGAUGCUGGCGGGCGCAUCAUUGGCUCAACGCAAAGGCCCCAACGGUGCAUGAGGGGCAGCUCUCCGCGAAUAAUCAGUCGGAAAUGGUUGAUCUCCUCCUUCACGGGGCUGCAGGUUUGGCCUUCCCUGGACCAUGCGAUGCCCCAGGGUUGCAUGUGGCUGCUACUAGCACCAGGUCUGGCUGUGUGUCGCUUUUCCAACUGCCGGUGGGGACCC